AUGAACUCAGGCUUAAUGUGGCAUCAUCCAGUUGGUCAUUUAACGACAAACAAUUUUUUGUAUAAUGCAGCUAUUCAACUAGUAAAAACUUCUAAAAAAAGGGAUAUAGGUGACAUCAAGCAGCAAACAGGUAUAAAUUCUACAGGCACCAUUAAUCAACAUGUUGAUUCAUUAAAUAAAACAGUUGAUAACCAAAGAAUACAAAUGUAUCCAUUGACCUUUCAUGAACUAGCAGAAGAUGAUACAACUAAGCAUGCAAUCUUCAAACAUUGCGAAAUGUGGAAUGUCAUACAUUCACAUGAAAGUGUAAAUCAUUUUGAUAGGCGACAGUUAUGGUACAUAUUAGUUAAAGCUUUGGAUUUUUUGUAUAAUGCAGCUAUUCAACUAGUAAAAACUUCUAAAAAAAGGGAUAUAGGUGACAUCAAGCAGCAAACAGGUAUAAAUUCUACAGGCACCAUUAAUCAACAUGUUGAUUCAUUAAAUAAAACAGUUGAUAACCAAAGAAUACAAAUGUAUCCAUUGACCUUUCAUGAACUAGCAGAAGAUGAUACAACUAAGCAUGCAAUCUUCAAACAUUGCGAAAUGUGGAAUGUCAUACAUUCACAUGAAAGUGUAAAUCAUUUUGAUAGGCGACAGUUAUGGUACAUAUUAGUUAAAGCUUUGGGUAGACGAGUUGGGCGAGGACUUGUCUAA